GCCAUGAUGCUGUCGGCCCCGUCCGGAAUGCUGGUUGCCGAACGAGCCGGUGCUGGUUUUACGUUGCAUCGCUCGGAGACAGUUGCACAUUCUGCCGGGCUGUUGGAUCGCAAGAACUUUGCUGCGUCAUCUCGGGCGCGCGGGCGAUCGGAGGGUUUUGCUUGCAAACAUAGCGAUGGCUACAAGCCUCUAGGUGCACCGGUGCCAUCGGAGAGAGUCGUCGAGAUGCACAACUCCACCUUUGCCAAGGUGGACAAGAUCAAACAGACUGUGGGGCGCGAGGCCAGCUCGCAGCAUCAGAACAAGCAAGACAAGGAGCGAACGCGCCGCAAAGAACAAGAACUUGAACGGCUGGUUCUGCUGGAUUCGCAGGAUGUCAUCAAGGACGAACAGACAGCUGCAGAAGAAGUGGGCUUGGAGGCAGACCGGAAAGGGACGCAAAAUCUUUCUCGCCUUCCUCAUGCACUGUAUGGGAACGACUUGCCCCGUUGUGGACAAGCCCAGGAACGGCAGGAGAAAGAUGGCUUUAAGGAAUUGAAGCUACACAUAAGAAGCUCAUACCGAAGAGUUGAGCAGGUGAGGGCUGAUUCAGAUGCCGCCUACGAGGCCAGGAGCGACAACGUGCAGCUGGCGCUGACGUCCUCCAGGCAGGGAGAAGCGCCGCUCGAGGACGGUGGAAGCGCAUUCCUGACGUCUGUCGAACUUCCCCUAUCUGCGCGGGAUCAUCGCCCAGUCAAGCCGCAACACCCGCAGCCGCUCUCAGCGAGAAGAGCGCAAGGACAAAUCCAGCUACCCAAGGUCUCGCCAAAGCGCGUGACAAACUGGCUACCAUCCCUUUCCGAAUACUUGGCAUCCAAUGGCACUGGGGUUGCGGCAACUGCUGGAGUGGACAGGGCAGAACCUGCAGAGGGGGUCAGGUAUAACGAGGAACUAACCAACAAGAUUGUCUCCGAGCUUCUUCCCCUGCCAGAAGGCACACGCAGCCUACUUGACCGGCUGCUUGAAGAGCAGCGUAAAGCUGGCACCGGGAAAGGUCGGACGGUUCCGACAUCAACGCAACGCCGCAAGAAAUUCCAAGAGGAGCUUGUUGCUGCAUGGAAGCCAGAAACACUGGAGAGGUGCAAUCCGUGCGUGCCUUCGAAAGUUGCCGAGGAGAUGCGGCAGCGAUAUCAUGGGGACGAGUACCAGCUGGCGACUGUCGAACGAAUCCUCAAAGAUUUGGUAGUCAACGAAGAGCAGAAGGGUCUGCCUGGUGCGGAGAUGGAGCGUGCAGCUAGCAAUCCGGUGGAUGCUAGCGUCAUGUCUGGGCCUGCAGGUGCGAACAAAGGACCCACAAGUCCAACGCAAGAUGCUGUGUUGCAGGACAAGCGUCGAGCAGGUGUUGACCACGACGACGAACUUAGUAAGGGCUUGCAGCGCUCGACCGAUCCGCGGGUACCUGAACCGGCCAAGCCAGCGGCAGCUCAUACACGAGCUCGCGUGAUUCAGCAGAAGGCCCUCUCUCAGCUUCGUGAACCGGAUCAGCGACAGAGGUCACCGUUGGUGGGCCUCCGGUGGAAAGUGAUCAAGUACCAGGAAUCGCGGGACACAGAGCGCAAAAAGUUGCAGGCGAUUCUGGAAAGCCAAGCGGAGUCCAGGAUGGCAUCCUUUGAAGAUCCCACAAGGACGCUUUUGUUGCCUGGAUGGCCGGUCGAGGGCAAUGAUGGCCAACAGCAUCACUGGUACAGGUCCCUUCUUGAACAGAUCCGGACACAGUUGGAGACAGCAGAUGCUUCCAAGGCCAUGUACGUCUUGCUAGACUCUGUGAAGUCGGUGUUGGACGAGGGAGCUGAGUUUGAAGCCGACGACUUCUGGCAGUGUGUCUCUGAUUUGCAAGCUGAUGAUGUGACUGUUGCCAUGGCAUCCCUGCUUGGAUCAGUGAUUCGUGGCGUUCGUGGCCUGAGUGGUCCGUCAGUGGUUCGAGCCUUGCAGCAACAGUGCGGCGACUUGAAUCCGGAGGCGGCCGAGAUGUUGAACGCGCAGUAG